AGACAGCGACGACGCACUCCAAGGUUAAAUGGGUGAUGUCGAGUCGCAAUCGACUUGACAUCGAACAGCGAUUGGGGGCCUGUCAAAUAACAAAUGAGCUUCGUCUUGAACUGAAUCCAGAGAAUAUUUCUAGCGCCAUGAACAACUUCAUACAAAAGUCUCCCAGCUUGGCUCGUUACAACGUCAUCUGGAUAUACAGGAACAGGUCAAGGAUAAAAUGCGUCGGAAGUCUGAUGGGACAUUUCUAUGGGUAGCACUGGUGAUCGACGAGCUUCGCAAAGACGUCAGCACCUGCUGCACUGGUUGGAGUGUUGAGGCCUCAUGCGAGAAAUCGCAGUCGGGAUCUCGAUUAUCAAGAUGCUGCUGCAGGAUUGUCAGGCAAGUUAGCCCAGUGUGCAUAAGCAAGGUUUCUGACAGACUGCAGUCAUUACUCGGCCGCCAGCUAUUCAAGUUGAUGCAAAAUGCCAUGAGACUGACUCUCACAUACAGACCGACAAUCGAGCAAGCUCCUCUGCAGGUAUACAGUUCGGCCAUCACCUUUUAUCCCCAGGAGAGUGAAAUUAAGAGACAAUUCUGGGACGAUAGAUUGCCAUUCGUCAAAGCAGUUACAGGAAUUCGAGAGGACUAGUCCGGGUGGCUGCAAACACUCGAAGGUCACGAGGAUGUACACUUGUACCCGUCUUUACUCAUCGCUCAUUGAGAUCAAAUCACUCAGUGGUGAAUCAAGUAUUUUUUCCCCGUCCGAGGGUCGCUUGGGG